AUGAGACACGCCUUUGUUCCUCUGGCGCUUGGCCUUGGUGCCAACGCCCUCGUCGCUCGCUCAAAUACCCAGUGCUACACACUCAAAGCAUCUGGCGGCGCCCAAGGUAUCCUCGGCCAACUUAGCGAUGGCCAGAACCGCAUUGGCGACAACUUGCCCACCGGUUGCUACUGCCUAUGCGAUGGUGGCUUUACUGAUUCCAACGGGAGAGGGUGCAUCUUGACACCUCCCACAACCCAAUUCCAAUGUGACGUCGGUGCCUCACCCACAUCCGGCUUCGCAGUAGGAUCCGACGGCAGCGUGGCUUACAACGGCUCCGCCACCUUCUACGCCUGCCCCGUCAAUGACAACGGCGUCUACAACGUCUACUCGCAGCCCGUCGCCGGCCAAACAAAAUGCGUCAAGAUCUCCCUCGCCGCAGCAGGCUCUUGCGGCACCAGCAGUGCACCUCCUCCAUCCACACCCUCACCCGCCCCUUCCCCCCAACCUGCAUCCACACCGCAACCCUCCCACCCCUCUGCCCCCCCAGGCCUAUGCCCCUUAGAUCUCAACGGCGCAUACCAAUACCCCCAUCUCAUCGUCCCCAUCAACGCCGACCACGCCGACCAAGCCUACGGCACACAGUACAACGCUAAAGUCAACUCCCGCACUUGCACCAUCUUCAACUUCGACAUCCCCCCUUCCUACGCCGGCAAACAAUGCUCCACCAUGUUCCUCUUCCCCAAAAAAGCCAACCUUGAAACUUCAGACUACACCAUCUCCGGCUCGGGACACGUCACUGUCUCCCGUCUAUCUGGCCCGGCGAGUCAGGGUACCACGUGGAAUAAUCAACCCAAGCAAGGAGGGUCGAGCAUGUGGUUCGAUCUUGUGCCUGGAAGUUCUUGGUAUGUCGAGACGCAGAAUUGUGCCGCGGGCCAGACGAUUGCGUACGAAAUGUGUGCGCAGGGCGAUUUUGCUGUGGAGUAUUUUCAGGAUUACAAUCCCAGUCCUAUUGGUAUGUAUGUGCGCCAAUGUUAGAUAAUAAUUUCUUUUUCCCUAAUAUGGGGGGAACGGGGAAGGGAACGGUGAGGUGUAAUGGGUGAGAGGAUAAAAUGAUUAUGAUGAUGGAUGAGUAUGACACUCCUUUAGACUAGCGAUUACAGUAGUAAUGAUAUUGC